AUGGUAGUGUACGCGGCAAGUCUGGGAGAUGCGCUGCUGGUGUCUCACGUGAAACUCAAGGAAGGGAAGCAGAAAUACGGCCGGCUAGAGAUCGAAUACGACAACGGAGAGGAAAGCAAAUGGAGCGCGGUAUGCAGCAAAAGUUUCAAGCAGGAAUACGUCGAUCUCGUCUGUAAGAACCUCGGCUACCCGGUCGGCGGCACCUUCUGGAACUACCCGAUCCGACGCAACAAGAAAGUAGCCAGCAUCAACUGUGACGGGGCCGAGGCGAUUACCGACUGUACCGUCAGCGACCGACUUCUACCGGGGGAUGACGAAUGCGAGAGAUGCCACGGGAUCGGCGUGAUAUGCGCACCGACAAUGCGGCUGGCCGGAUUCGAUCCAAUGAUCGGACCGACGGACUUCAAGUCCGUUCUGCAGGUCUAUCACGACGGCCAGUGGAAGGCGGUUUGCUACCCGGAAGUUCUCGACAGCAAGGAGAAGCACGGGAUGCUGGGAGAGAUCCUGUGCCGCUCUGUCGGACAGAAGAAGUUCGUCAUGUGGAAUAAGGCGUUCCGUCACGCCGACAUGUUCCUUAACAACUACACGGAGCCGAGAACUCAGAUGGAGCUGACUUGCUACGGCGAAGAGAUGGAUGUGAAGGAGUGUAACCCAGUCUAUACAUCGAAGACUGCCGACGACGACUGCACCGUCAUUCAGCUGACCUGCGCCGACGACACGUACACUGACGUCAUAACCGAGGAGGCGGCGGACGACGACGAAUUUUGCAACCAGACGUCAAUGAGUGAAAUAGAGGAAACAUCGUUUGUAACACAGGAAGGUGGAUCUCUGCACCAUAUCUGCUACGAUCUACUCAGCGGCAGAGUGAUUAGCCAGUACUCUAAAAGUUUGGACUACGAGUACGAUGGUGACAUAUCGUCGGACGAUUUUCCGUUGGAGUAUCCGGCCUAUCGUGACUGUCGGUGGGUGGUUGACUUCUCCGCGGCUGGACUAGGCGUCACCAGCACACGUCUCAUGAAGAUAGUAAAGAUCACCACCAGCUUUCCCACGGAGUUCAGCGGUUCGCGUCUCGAGAUUAGAGAUUACACGUGCCUGUACAGCAACAAUUCCUGCCCGGGCGUCCUGCGCGCCGCCUGGAUCACAUCCGGAUCCGCUUCGGACAUCAACGCCGGACUCACGGACUCGGCGGUGAUGUCGGUCCGGUUCGUGUCGUAUCCGGUGGCUGGCCUGGCACAUCCGGAGCCAUGGGACGGCAUACGCGGAUUUAGUUUGCGCUGGAAGUUCGCCCACACGCCGCAGUACAUGAGCGACUACAUCUUUCACUCUCCGAUGAUGCCUGUCUACGUCGCGGCGUUGGCCAUUCUAGUCGUGUUUCCAUUUGGAUGCUUCAUCUACUGUGUCGCCUGCCGUGGCGGCUGUGGAAAACCAAAGAAGAAGAAUCAAACGAGAGAUGAUGAAGAGAUCGUUAAGCCUCAGCAGCUGGACGACGCCGUUGGAUCCGACUCCGAACUUGACAAAUUGUAGAAGGAUUUCACUCGACCAACCUUCUA